CAUCUUCUUUCUUGCUUAGGCUCCAAUUCCAUUUUAUCAGUGAAACAUUGUCCAACAAAAGAAUGCUACUCUCACUUGUCCAAACAAUUUACACAUCACCUUUUCAAUCCAAAACACUAACCCGCUUCAACAGUGUCAUAAAGUCCACAACUUUGUUGCCAAAAUCACUCUUUCCCACCUUUGACUGCCCAUCAAAAACCUUCUCAAGACUGUUUUUUAAUGGCAAUACAAGAGAUAGAAAGUUGACAGCUGGUGCUAGCUUUACUGUCCAUGCUUCUUUGAUUGAGGCUCCAGUUUUAUGGGUUGGUAGGCUUUGUAUCUUUUAUGCACUGUUAAAGGCUGGUUUAGCUGGAUCAGAGGCUAACCCACUUGUUUCUGGUUUGGAUGGUGGUGGUGUUGGUGGUGGUGCUGAAUCUGGUGACCUGGGGUUUUCUAAGUGGAUUGAGGCCAUACAAGGCAAACCAGAUAAAGAAGCAGCUGACAAAAGGAAAUUGGUAAGCAAAUGGCAUCCCACAACUAAGGGUACACUCAGAAGGAACUAUAGGGUGCCUUCCAAAUCCGAAGGGCAGCGGCGCCUUAAAGCAAUUGCAGCUUUGCUAUCCGAAGAUGAUUACUUUGUAGAUGCAACUUCUCACAAGGGCUGUCAAAUUAGGAGGGAGAGUGCUCAUGGUGAGAGUGUGUGCUGCAACAAUGUUAGGGCUCUCUUUGAUGAACUCCCAACCCCACAUUUGCUUGUGGAAAUUACAGCUUUUCCUGCUGGGCCUCUUACAGAGAAGGAUUACGUCAAGGCCGAGAAAUUAGAGAGGGUUCUCAGAUCUGGUCCUUCCAUUUGAAGUGUUUUUAAAAUAUUCUGCUCACCUUUUGUUUGUAUCCAAACUCUGACUUGUAAAUAAGAGAAUCAUGAAAGAAAAAUCUCUUCUUUUGGUUAACAAAA